AUGAGUGAUCAGGAUAAGCAAGAUGGCACCGGUCAGGUCAAGAAGCGGUCGCUGAGUAGCUAUCUUUUGAACGUUAGUGCGCGGAAAGCGGAGCUGGAGAAUCUCGCGAAGCAUGAAAAAGACGGACCCAUAUCUGCGAGCAUUGGUGAUCGGAACGAGGCCGCCAAUGCUGGUGGGAUAGAUGACAGUCCAAACCAGCAGGGUAGCGGGGGCCAGCAGGCGAGCGAAGAACGACCAGCGAUGCCCGCGAUCAACGCCGAAGAAUUAGAAGGCGGGACUUCACAGGAGCUGCUGGCACGCGGCGACAAGAAUGCGAAGGCCGUUUCGGAAGAUGUCAGUGUUGCAGCGGGCGCGCUAGAAACACAGAAGCCGGCGCGGUGGCAAGAAUGCGGGGGUGAGAAUGGAACUGUGGAAAAGGAACAGGACGAUCCAAGAGAGCCACACGGCACGGUUAUGCACGCGGAAGGAACCGCACCCGGCGGCGCUGCUAGCGUCGCCUCGGAUGCGGUGGACGACGAGCGAGCUCAGCAGCGGAGCGAGGUGCUGGAUGCUGUAGGCCCGUGGGUUGAGUCGCAGAGAAUUGACUCCGUUACAACGGCGGGGUGGGCGAAGAAUGACGAGCAGGAAAGCUCGCUUAGCGAGAUCGAUAGUGACGCGCCGACAGAGCCAGCCUCUCCUCCGAAACCGCGUCUAGGGCGGCUAGUACGCGGAGACCAGCUCGGGUCUGCUCCCAGCAACGCGAAGUGGCAUACCAGGCCUGCGGCGGCGACACACGAUUCCGAUUCGGAACUUUCAGAUUUAGCGGAUCUCAAACCAGUGCCGCUUUCGAGCAGCAUAUUGCAUGGGGAAUCUUCGCCGACAAAGGCGCAGUCGGCUGUUAGCUCAUCACCAAAGAAGGCAUUACCUCAUCCUGCCCAUUCUACAUAUUCGAAAUCAAAUUCAUCCUCUUCCAAAAAGAUGAAGCAUGUGGCUGUUUCGAAGAUCGUUAAGCCUCGGAAAGGGGUAUACAGAGAUGCAGGUGGCAGAACCAGGCUACAGGUUGCAUGUGACAAAGGCAAAUAUGACCUCGCGAGAAAACUAAUCGAGGAAGGAUAUGACGUUAAUGACCAAGACAAUGCUGGUAACUCACCUCUGCACGAGGCUGCCCUAAAUGGGCACUUAGAAGUUGUGAAAUUGCUGAUACGCCAUGGAGCAAAUGUUAAUAUACAGUCUUAUGAAAUGUUUAAGGAUACACCGCUUAUUGAUGCCUCCGCGAAUGGCCACCUAGAUGUCGUGAGAGAGCUGUUGCAAAAUGGUGCCGAUCCCACCAUUGUUAACGCUAAGGGUCUAACGGCAAUAGAAUCGAUCGAGGACGAUUCCGAUUUGGACGAAGAAGAAGUUCAGAUUGUGCGAGAGAUCAAAGCGUUGCUGAGAAAAUCUGCACGUAAGCACAAGAAAGAAGACGGGGACGUGAAGUCAUUGCCGCAGCGCUCCAAAGCAAAGGAGGGUCAUUCGGAGGAAGAUGAGUCCGUGCAGGGGUCCGCAGCGUUCGAUAAAGACUUUUACUGGACAGACAUAACCUCCAAGCUCGGGAAGGAGAAGCUGUUCAGAGCGUCCAAAGAGGGGAGACUCGCCUACGUUGGCGCAUACUUAGAGAAUGGUGGCCAUGCAGAUUUCAGGUCUUUUAUGGAAAGCGUCAAAUUUGGACACGAAGAUAUCGCAAGCCUCUUUCUUGCCUUUGGUGCGCAGGUUAACGCAGUUGGGAGGGAUGGGCAAACAGCUUUGAUGGCUGCUGUUGGCCGUGGUCAUUUAAACACAGUAAAACUUUUGUUAGAGGCAGGCGCAGAUCCAACGAAAAGGGAUAAGGACGGACAUUCCGUAUUAUAUUAUGCAAGACAUAGUCCGUUGGGAUUGGUUGACGACAAGGAACUAACCAAGCUAAGAGAUGCGAUAUUGGAAAACAAUGGUGUUUUGUCGGAGGAAGAUAAAUUAUGCUUAGACAAGGACCAUGGCAAAACAACUCCUUUGAACGUAAAAUUAGAGGAACAGGAAGCCUUAACCCAGAUAAAAUCAUCAAGCAAUGUCAAGGAAAAGCUACCAGAGAAACCCGAAUCUCCAUUGCAUAGCACGAAGGCAAACCCCACAAAAGAAAGAAUAGGUUCUAGUCCAACUUACCAUCUCUCACCAAAAUCAGAGAAGACCAGGGAACAAACUCCGAUGAGAGCGCACAUCUCGGAGCACGAGGUAGUGACAGAUGACGAAAAAGGAGACUAUUCGUCUGUAAAAGUAAAGAAGCGGAGAAUCGGCUCUCCAUCUGCAGCCGCCGCCUCAGAUGACCGGAGCUACAGACCGGCGACUUCUGAAAAGGCCCGUACGGCUUCCCCACAUAAGCUUAAACGCAGCGUUUCCGCUGUCAGCAUUUCUUCUGAUACUGCGGAAUCCGGGACUAAGCGCUCGAAGUUGGAGGGCCUCUCGAGCACACAUUCUCAACAGCAAGAGACUCCUGAAGAGCGCGAUGCCCGUCUGAAGCGCGAAGAGCAGUACAAGCUGAAGCGGCUUGAGAGUAAACGCAAGAAGGAACAGGAGUUUCUCCAGAAACUUGCAGAUGACGAACGCAAGCGUGAGGAGGAAAAGGAGCGGGCCGAGCAGGAGCGGCGCCGCCAGCAAGAGGAAGAGCGUCUCCGGAAGACACAACAAGAACAACUUUUGCGUGAUCAGCAAGAAAUUGAAAAGCGCAUCGCAAUCCGCGACCAAUACCCGCUGGGCCUCAAGCUCGUUGAUUUCCAAAACCACACGGAUUACAACCGCUACCUACCUGUGCCCUAUAUUGUCCGGGAGGGUGCUCGCUACCUCCUUGAUCUGCAUGCUGCUGUCCUGUGCAAGAACCCCGAGAUCUCGCGCGGCGCCACACGCGCGGUUCCCGUUGCCCCGGAAAACCUCCCACAGCUCUGGAAUAUUUACAAGUUCUUGUUCCUCUACGGGGGCUACGGCCCAGGCCACUAUCUGGUAGAUUUCUCGCAUCUCAGCCUUGAAGAGCAACUGCAGCUCGAACACCAAGAAUACCUGCGCUUUGUGCGCAUUCCGCUGCACUGGCUUCCAUAUGACGACAUCCCCUGGCCCUCAUCAGAACUGCGCACCGCCGUGGACGCAAGUAUGCGGGAACUCCAAUUGCUAGCCCCGCCGCACGUUGCGCCGGCUCCCCUAGACCUAUCCCGCACCCCUCAAUCUGUUCCGUCCGCUCCAACCCCGGCCAAGUUCAGGCACAGACCCGCCAUUGCCGUCUGGCUCUCAGGCGUCACGUCACUAUGGUAG